UAUAAGUAAAGAUGCGAAAAUUAUCAGCCAUUGCAGGGAUUAUAAAUAGGACGAAAUUAGAGUUUAAGUUUUUUAUUUGGGUAAAAUCGUUGCAAAAAUCGCGAGGCGAUGACAAUCAACGAGAAGAUCGUUUUGCAAACGGAAAAACCCGCUAUAAGAGUGUACGGGAAGAGAUGGUUGAUCUUGAUCAUCUACAUCGCGUACGCGACUUUGAGUACUCUUCAGUGGGUCGAGUAUUCCAUCAUUACCAAUGUGGUGUCGAAAUACUACCAUGUCAGUGCCAGUGCCGUGGAUUGGACAGCGAUGUCUUUUAGCAUCAUGUGGCCCAUUUUGGUUUUCCCGGCUUCUUUUAUUAUCGAUAAAAUGGGUUUGAGAGUUGCAGGACUGAUAGGUGCAUUUACCACAGCAUUAGGCGCUGUCAUCAAAAUUUUCUCCAUAGGAGAGAACCUUUUUGGUGUCUUAUUGGCCGGACAAAUUGUAGUAGCAGCAUCUCAGAUUUUCAUCCUCAGUUUACCUCCCAAAAUUGCAGUAACUUGGUUUAAACCGGAAGAGGUAUCGAAAGUAUGUUCUCUUGGAAUAUUUGGAAUGACACUGGGAAGCGCAAUGGGUUUUUUGAUACCUCCAAUGAUAGUACAUGACAGUGAUAAUUUGGAUGACAUUGCCUAUGAUUUGAAGACGAUGUGUUGGGGUUUAGCGUUUAUUAUUGCACCAGUCGCAUUGACUGUAGUGUUUUAUUUUCCUGCUGAACCACCACACCCACCGAGUCAGACUAUGUUCGAAGAACGCGAAAAUAGAAAAAACGUAACGACUAAAGUGUUUGUGGAAUCGAUCAAAACUUUGCUACAAAACAAGGCGUUCAUGUUGCACACACUUUGCUAUGGAUGCAUUGUUGCAAUAUUUUCAUCGAUCGGGACGUUGCUCAAUCAGUUUAUUUUAAGUUAUUUUCCAGGAGCCCAAGAGGAUGCAGGAAGGAUGGGUUUAGUGAUGAUAUUAACUGGAAUGGUUGGAUCGGUAAUCACAGGGUUUGUUUUAGAUAAAACCCACAAAUAUAAAGAGACUGCGUUUAUUAUUUUCCUGUUAAGCGCAGUUGCUAUUGUAGGGUUUGCUUUGGCAUUGGAAUUAAACUCCAAAUGGAUGGUCUAUUUAGCAAUUGGCAUAUUUGGAUUCUUCGUGACCGCUUACAUGCCAGCAGGAAUUGAAUUCGCCACGGAAAUAACAUUCCCGUUUCCGGAAAGUACGGUCACAGGAAUACUUAUGGCCUCUUCGCAAAUGUUGACGGUGAUAAUAACCGUUAUUUUGGGAAUAGUAAUAGACAAAUUCGGUACUCUAUUCUGCUUAUUAUUCAUGGCCGGAGUUCUUCUGGUGGGAACCGUCUUAACGCUUUUAACGCCGAAUAUAUUGAAUAGACAAGCAGCUUUUAUGAAAGAAAAGUAUUGUCAAUUUACGCCAAUCAAACAGUAAAUAAUCUCUAUUCGACAGUGAUGAAAUUUUGUGAUAUUGAAUAAGAAAGUUUUAGAGUACUACCGUGUAGGUGAUGUAAAGAAGUGUUAACCAGAUCUGCCAUGAGUUUAUUAAUGACAGUUUUAAAGAUAUUGUAACUAUAAGAUCUAAAUUAUUGAUGUAUAUUAUUAGGAAAUAUAUAUUUUUUAAAAAUUUUUGUUCUUUUGUU